CGGUGUAUCUGAAAUAAAGGUAUUAUUUCCUGUGCUGUCUAUCAUAGUAUGGGAACUAAUGUAGGGAUAAGACCAUAAUCUAUCAUGUAUCUAUCAUUAUCACCCUUACCUCCCAACCCGUCGGGCUCUAUGGCAGCUCGGUAGCAAACACCUGUCCGAGAACCCACCUGAGCACACACCUCCACACCUGGGAAACCGCAGAUUGUCGCUACAGUGGCGUACAGUACAACAGCGAUACCGACGCAUAGCCCACAUGUUACACAUGAAUGGCGCAAUGUUUAAAUUAAUUACGUACCUGCAGGAUUCCGAGCUGGUCGCCAGGUUUCAGAGGACAUGUGGCCUGUUUGCAGUGAAGAGCGAGCGGCGCCGCACCUGUGGGAAUGGGCAUCUACAGGUGGACGGCACAGAGGACCGGAGCUGCACUUCAGAUUACACAUAUCAAGCGAAUGGGUACAACGUGGAUGCUGCCUCGGGCCCCCAGUACCAGGUGAGGAACGUGUUCCUGUACUACCUGUUCCUGGUGUCAGCCGCCUUGGGGCGGGAAGUGUUCUACAUCUCCUUCCUGCCCUGCGUCCACUGGAACCUCGACCCCUUCCUGUGCCGGCGUCUGGUCAACAUGUGGGCUGUCGUGAUGUACAUCGGGCAGGUGCUGAAGGACACGCUGAAGAUGCCACGUCCUCUGGCGCCCCCUGUGGUGAGGCUGGAGACACGCGUGUCAGCGGAAUACGGAAUGCCCUCCACACAUGCCAUGGCUGCCACCACCAUCUUCUUCACCUUCCUCUUUAGCGCCACCCACAGGUUCCAGAUUCAGUUUGAGUCUGGGCUGCUGUUGGCUGUACUGCUGUCCAUCCUGGUGUGUCUCAGCCGACUGUACACAGGCAUGCACUCUGUUCUGGACGUUAUCGGUGGCGUCCUGAUCUCGGCUGUGCUGAUGCUCCUGACGUACCCAGCAUGGGACGCCUUCGAGCGGGUGCAGCUGACCAGCCCACUCACCCCCGUGGUGUCAGUGGUACUGCCCUUCCUGCUGAGCUACUGCUACCCCAAGCUGGACCACUACAGCACAACGCGGGGGGACACCACCAUCAUCCUGGGCGUGGGGGCGGGGUGCUCUGCGGGGUACUGGCUGAACCAGCAGCUGGGGCAGACCUCUGAGCUCAAGGGGCCCUUCCCCUUGCCCCUCCCCCCGCUGACCCCCCGCACGCUGGCUUUGGGCUGCGCACGCUCAACGCUGGGUGUGGCUGUGCUGCUGGGGACCAGGCAGUUGGCGAAGAGCACCAGCCUCUGGGCGCUGUGCACCUGGCACCAGGUCAGCCCCAGCGACCCCCUGACACGCCGGCGCAGGGAGAUCGAGGUGCCCUACAAGUUCAGCACCUACACCGCCAUGGGCCUGGUGCACACCAUCCUGCUCGACAGGGCCUUCCGCCAGCUCGGCCUGCUCUGAGAAGGGCCUGGGGCACAAAACCACUCACAGCACCCCAACACCACACGCACCACCCCAACACCACACCACACACAGCACCCCAACAUCACACCACACACAGCACCCCAAUACCACAGCACCCCAACAUCACACCACUCACAGCACCCCAACACCACACCACACGCACCACCCCAACACCACACCACACACAGCACCCCAACAUCACACCACACACAGCACCCCAACACCACAGCACCCCAACAUCACACCACUCACAGCACCCCAACACCACACCACACGCACCACCCCAACACCACACCACACACAGCACCCCAACAUCACACCACACGCACCACCCCAACACCACAGCACCCCAACAUCACACCACUCACAGCACCCCAACACCACACCACACGCACCACCCCAACACCACACCACACACAGCACCCCAACAUCACACCACACGCA